AUGGAGGCCGACAAGACCCCUCAGCCCAGUGGGAAUGAAGGCAGAGGAUCUUCCUCGCCGUCGGAGAAGGAGACGGGCGCUCACAUCGAGCAAGUCCGCACUUUCGAACGCGUCGAGGGCCAUCCCGGCUACUAUGAGAAGGACGGCCUGCGAACCUAUGGCGACGACCAGGACCAUGAUCACGAGCCUCCAUGGACGACCAAAAGGAUCAUGAGUCUUGUGGCCAUGGCGUUCCUCUGGACCGGCUCUCAGAUCCCGGCCUAUCUGCUUGGCGGUAUUCCCCCUCUGAUCUACUCGGAGAUCGGAGGCUAUGACAGAUGGGUCUGGUUCGUGUUGGCAUACCUCCUCUCGCUGGCAUCCGUUUGCCCUUUUGUGGGCUCCCUGUCCGACCUGAUCGGGCGCCGAUACGUCGCGCUCUUGGGCUCGGGGCUUCUCGUCAUCGCCAUGAUUGUUGCUGGCACUGCACAGGGGAUGAAUCAGUUCAUUGCUGGCAUGGGCAUCUCUGGCGUGGGCGCCGGUAUUUGCGAAUUAACAUGCCUCGCUGGUACGUCAGAACUGGCGCCUACACGUAAACGCGGCAUUUACGUCGCGGCCUUGGUCCUCACAAUCAUCCCAUUCUGCCCUUCGGCUCUAUACGCCUGGCUCAUUGCCGGCUAUUCGAGCUGGAGAUGGUGCGCGUUCAUCUCGGGCGUCUGGGCCUUGAUCGGAGCCGUCGGCGUCCUGGCAUUCUACUUCCCGCCACCGCGGCCCAAUUCUCGCGGCUUGACCAAGAAACAGAUCAUCGACGAGAUCGACUUUGUCGGCGGCUUCCUCAGCAUUUCAGGCAUGAUCAUCUUCCUCGCCGGUCUGCAGUGGGGAGGAUAUCAGUAUACAUGGGAGUCUGCCCACGUCUUGGUCCCGCUCAUCCUAGGUUUCUUCCUCCUGUUCGUUCUGUUCCCGAUCUGGGAGAUCAAAUACGCAAAAUUCCCCAUGUUUCCAUCUCGCAUGAAGAAAGAUGCGCGGGUGCUGUCUUUGACCCUGGUGAUUACUGCCAUAUCAGGUGCCAAUUUCUUCUCAAUCUUGAUGUUCUGGCCCACACAGGCUUUCAAUGUGUACGGUCACGACCCAGUUGGUGUCGGAGUCAGAACUCUUCCCAUCGGCUUCUCUAUCCUCGGUGGUUGCUGCAUCAUCUUGGUUCUCCUGUCACUGUUCGGCGGACACAUCCGUGAGCUGCUCAUGGCGUCCUCCAUCUUGAUGACCGCGGGCUGUGGCGCACUUGCCGCUGCCGACCUCGACAACAUCCAUGCAGUCUACGGUAUCCUUGUUGUCGCAGGUCUCGGUAUUGGAGGAAUUGUUGUCCCCGCCUCCAUCAUCACGACCAUCAUUUGCCCUGACGACAUUAUUGCCACGGUCACAGCCCUCACGCUGUCGAUUCGCGUGAUUGGCGGCUGCAUCGGGUAUACGACCUACUACAACGUUUUUGUCAACAAGUUCAAGGUCAAGAUUGUCGAAUACCUCGGAGCAGUCAUGGUUGGUCAACUUGGAAUCACCAACGAGACGUACAUUGUGAACGCCAUCACAAUCACCGGUCUCUCCCUCCUAGACGAACUCAAACAGAUCCCCGGCAUCGCUGGCAAUGAAACAGCUUACCAGAUGGUGGUGACUGCCGGACAAGUGGCCUACUCCGAGAGCUACCGCUGGGUGUAUCUGGUGUCGAUCGCCUUUGGAGGGGUCGCCAUCAUCUGCUCUGCGUUCCUGGGCAACAUUGAGAAGUACAUGGACGACCACGUGGCGGUUGUCAUCUAG